AUGCGGUUGUCUUUGUUAUUGGCACUGUUCCUAAAAGUUUACGAAGCUUCCGCAAAGCCAAACGAUCUCCAAGCGCUUUAUAAUGCGCUCUUCGUCUCCGGGAAUUACACGAGGGAGUUGGCGCCGGUUUCCGGGGACCGAGCUGGCCAAAUCAACUUAAUGAUCGAGAUGGCCUAUAUGAGACUGGUGGAAAUCAAUUCCGAAAAUCAACAACUAAGCUUGGUGAUUGAGCUGGCAAAUUAUUGGAACGACGAUCGACUACGCUGGGAUCCUAAGGACUUCUCCGGGAUUGAAAACCUAUACAUUAGUGCAUCAAUACUGUGGAUCCCGGAUUACGCGCCUACGGACAGCCAAAAAUUCGAAAAUGUGUUCCCGGAGAACCAGCGAAACGCCCGUGUUUCCUGGAAUGGAACAAUUUUUUACGAGACGAUAAUGUUUAUGAUAGCUUCUUGUAGGCUAGAGAUGCAAGACUUCCCGUUCGAUCGGCAAUCGUGUGCGGUUGGGCUUCAGAAUCAUCACAUUCUAAAGCCAAUGUUGACCAUGGAGAGUAGGAUUUCUCCAACAAUGGAUCCUUCUGUUUAUGAGGGAAACAGCGAGUGGUGCUUCCUGAACAUCUCCAGCAAUUUGACAGGCGUACCAGAGGAGUUGACCAUGGCUGGCUUCGUUUUCGUCUUGCAUCGAGAGCCGCUGUUCUAUGUAUUUGUGGUUAUUUUCCCCUCAUUUUUGCUGACGACACUCGCGAAUUUUGGCAUGUUCUGGUCGGCGAACAUUAGGGAGAACAAGUUGGAGAAGAUGGGCCUCGGCUUGGCGAGCAUGAUGGCGAUGACCGUCAUGUUAGACUUGGCGUCGCAGCAGAUACACAAGACCGCAGCUUUUCCGCUUUUGGGAUAUUACGUGAUCAUCUGCACCGCGAUUAUAGCGCUUGGGUGUGUGAGUAUCGCAGUACUUUCAAAUGGCGCCAGCAGACCGCUGGAGCGGAAACCGAAGCGCACUUUCCUUGCCCGAGUUGAGCAGUACGUCUUCACCAGGUCGUUCUUUGCCCAGCUCUUCUUCCAGGGGCUGAACAUUACGUAUACGGUGGUAUUCGAAGCUUCAGAUAACAGUCCGGCUGGUCGCGAGAAAAUGGGCCCGCAGGGAAAGACGGUGACGAAUGAGCUGGAUCUGAUCGCGGCCAGGAAUUCCGCCAAUCGGAGCAGCACUUCGGCGAAGAAGGAGCGCGAGAAGGAUCAGGAAAAGUCAUCUCGACAACGUUCCCCGGAUCGUCGAAAGGAGCGUGAGCGGUCAAGGGAAGACCCGAGGACCCGAACUGACAGUAGACGACCACGAGAAGCCGAUCGGGGGCGAGAUCGAGAGAAGGAGAAGCCGAGAGAGGAUAGAAAAGACGAUCGAAAAGACGAGCGCCGCGAUGAGAGGAAAGACGAUAGAAGAGAAGACCGGAAAGAUGAUCGAAAGGACGAUCGAAAGGAUGAUAGACGCGAAAAGGAUGCGCGAGACCCACGAGAUCGAGAUGUAAGAGACAGAAAACGCUCCCCGGAUCGCACUCGAGAUUCCAGAGAAGCGAGAGACCCUCGAGACCGUCCGGAUUCUGGAAGACGCCGAGUGGAAAGAUCGGAGCCAAGGAGGGAGGAGAGGAAAAAAUCCGAUAGCACCGACCCUCGGGCUGCCAGCAAGCGCGUGAAAGCUAUCGACGAAUCUUCUUCAGAAGGGGAAGAGUUCGAGGUGGCGCCGUCGAUUUUUGGCAAGCCGUUGCCAUCAGCCAACGAAUCGGGCAAGAAGUCGAAGAAGCGGAGCAAGGCAGGCGAUGAGAACAACUCCCCAACAACCUCCCAAUCGGCGGAUGCUGAACUGACAAAUGCAUCACUCGACGCUAGCUCCCAACUCCCAGAUGCCUCUCCACCAUCGCCUUGUGAAAGCGAUAUGGAUAUCGAUUUUACCGAAGAAGCCCCGGUCGCGAGCAGCAGCACCAGUAAGGCGAAAUCGGGGCUCGAAAAUUUUAUGCCAAACGGAUAUAACGCGAAGCAAUCAUUGGAAGCCAAGACGGCAUCGUUUAGACAAGCCCUUGAGCGCUGUGCAAUGCCCGGACUAGACCCUGGUUUUCCUCCGGAUCCCGAACAGUCAACUUUUGAAAACCUGGACCUCGGAUAUAUCGAGGAGCCGAAAGAAAGAGAGCGCAGAUCUUUUGCGGAAAAAUACAAGAAAGAAAUCCACGACAAAACCAAGGACAUUGUGGUGCAGUGGUAUUACGACAAGAUGAUCAGCAAAGAGGAAUACAAGGAUAUAAUGCGCGACAUCGUCAAACCCUGCCUCAAAUACCGUAUCCGGUCCCGCGCCGAGAUCCGUGACCGAGCCCAGAAAAUCUUGGCCGAGUACCGUAAAAAGGUCCGG